CAUGAAGCCAACACCAGCUCCCCUGCCCCGGACAAGGCCUAGAUGAGGAAAGUAAGAGUCAAAAGGAGAGAGAAACUGAUCUGGGGUGGCCGCCGGCAUGUGGGUUCCUGCCGUGGCGAGUCUGUUCCUUCUGUCCCUGGGCCUUCUGGAAGCAAUUCAGGCCCAGAGCCACCUGGUGACACGUCGAGACCUCUUCUCUCAAGAGACACCGCUGGACAUGGCCCCGGCGUCCUUUGAUGACCAGUACAUUGGCUGUGCAGCGGCCAUGACAGCUGCCCUCCCGCAUCUCAACCUCACGGAGUUCCAGGCCAACAAAGUGUAUGCGGACGGCUGGGCACUGGCAAGCAGCCAGUGGCGGGAGCGCUGGGCCUGGGGGCCAGAGUGGGGCCUCGGCCCAACCCGGCUCCCCCCGCCGCCUACGGGAUUCCGGGAUGAGCACGGAGUGGCCUUGCUGGCCUACACAGCCAACAGCCCCCUACACAAGGAGUUCAACGCCGCAGUACGCCAGGCAGGCCGCUCCCGGGCCCAUUACCUCCAGCACUUCUCCUUCAAGACCCUGCACUUCCUGCUGACCGAGGCCCUGCAGCUGCUGGGCAGGGACCAGCGAAUGCCCAGAUGCCGUCAGGUGUUCCGGGGAGUACAUGGCCUGCGCUUCCGGCCAGCAGGGCCCGGGGCCACUGUCAGGCUGGGGGGCUUUGCCUCUGCUUCCCUGAAAAAUAUUGCAGCCCAGCAGUUUGGCGAGGACACGUUCUUUGGCAUCUGGACCUGCCUCGGGGUCCCUAUCCAGGGCUACUCCUUUUUCCCUGGGGAGGAGGAGGUGCUGAUCCCCCCCUUUGAGACCUUCCAGGUCAUCAACGCCAGCAGACCGGCCCAGGGCCCUGCCCGCAUCUACCUGAAGGCGCUGGGCAAACGCAGCUCAUACAACUGCGAGUACAUCAAAGAAACGCAGUGCAAAUCUAGGCCCUGCCACCUGGACAGUUCAGCCUCAGCUCAGGAGCGCCUCUCCAUAGCCUGGUCCCUCCUGCUGCUGCUCGCGUUCCUUGCGGUGGGGCCCUUCCCAGGAUGCCCAGGCCUCUUCUGAGCCACCAGACUCUGGACAUUCCUGCCUGCUGCCUCUGCCCACUCUGUGGAUGCUGACCACGUGCAAGGUGUACAGAGCCAGGAUCCCUGGCACACCCAUCUGCUGGGAACUCCAGCUCUCUCUCUCUUUCUCUUUCUCUUUCUCAAGUUGCAAGACCUGCUGGUGUGGAGAAACAGGAGAGCAUUCGGGGACUGAACCUCAUCCAGAGGUCUAGCAGUGAGACUGUGAAUGGGGGGUCAGGCUGGACUCCAGCACAGAUGGCAACUCACUCGUAGAAGAGACUUCCACUCAUGACAGGGCUGAUGGGGAUUUGAGAGCGGGGUCCCUCAAAUGCAUCACCUGUCCACCUGGAGGCUCUUAUUCACCCCUCCCAGCAGCCCUCUCUGACCUCUCCCACCUGCUGGGGGAGGGGCCCUGCCUCUGUGCUCCCACAGGGCCCUGGUGCUUCCCCUAUCAUCUGUCCACGUGUUCCUCCCGUGGCUGACAAUGAACUUCCUGAGUGCAGGGACUGUUCAGACACACAGAGACAGUGCCAUGAAACGUGGGAACCAGACAGGAACAAAUACCUGUGAACGGCUGCUCCCUGCACUGUCCCCACCUUGGA